UAAGCUGGAAGGCUGUACAUGAGAUCAAAACUAAACUUUCAGGUAGUUUUUUUUCCCCAUUUUCUAACCUCGCCUAUGAAACCAGUGCUGUCAAACUGGUUGAGUGUCCGCUGGGUGCCGCCUGUGUGUGAAAUCCGGAAGAGUUCAUUGAGGAAUCUUUCUGGAGUUGCUGGGAACAGAGAGACGGACCACAAGCGGAACACCGAGGCAGAAAGGGGGUGAAACAUGUUAAAUUAAACGAAAUGGUUUAGUAGAUGUUUACAGAAACAACUCUUGUUUUCACUUAAUCGCGUCACUCGAAAGAAGAAAACAACUGAGAUGCCCGGAAAACAAAAACUUCAUGGAUUCUUCCUACUUUUUUCGGGACUUUAUGCCUCCUUGUUCGGUGAAAAACUCGGUGAUGGUUGUGGUUACUCGGUUCUUGGUCCAGAAAGUGGGGUCCUCACUUCAAGGAACUACCCAGGAACAUACCCCAACCACACAUGGUGUGAGUGGAAGAUUCAAGUACCAGAGGGCAAGAGUAUCAUCCUGAAGUUUGGCGACCUGGAUAUUGAGGCACAGCAGUGCGAUUCUGACUUUGUAAAAAUCUUCAAAGGCUCACAGGGGUAUGGAAAUGAUCAAGUUUAUGGGACGUACUGUGGAAGCCUGGAUGGUGUCACAAGAGAGGUCCACGUGGACUCCAGCAAGAUUGCGGUUCAGUUUCAAAGCAGGAGUCACAUAUCAGGCCGAGGUUUCCUUCUCUCUUAUGCAGCAAGUGAUCGCAAAGAUCUCCUUACAUGCUUAGACAAAGGAAGCCAUUUUUCAGCUUCAAAGUACAGAAAAUACUGUCCUGCAGGUUGCAAAGGAAUAGCGGGUGAUGUUUCAGGGGACGUUUCACAGGGAUAUCGACAUACAUCUGUCCUUUGUAAAGCAGCUGUCCAUGCGGGAGUCAUACUAGAUGAGCUGGGAGGCCAGAUAUCAGUCGAGGAGCAUAAAGGUCUAAGUCACUAUGAUGGCAUCAGGGCCAAUGGAAUUCAGUCUAAAGUUGGGUCUCUGUCUGAUACACGUUUCAUGUUUGUUGCAAAAGACUGCAAAACACAAACUCAUUUGAGACCAGAAUCUGUCACAGCCAGUUCCAGCUGGCAGGGGAGCAGUGAAACAAAGAAACCAUCUGACUGGUCUCCACACAACAUAAGCUUUGAUGAGAAGGGACGUUUCUGGGCAGCUGAUCAUAACAACAGUCGCCAAUGGCUGGUUAUUGACCUGGGAGAGAAAAAGAAAAUCACAGGAAUAAUAACCGCAGGAUCUACAGUUUCCGAUCUCGACUUUUAUGUUCAAAGUUACACAGUUGAGCACAAAGAAAAAAAUAAGUGGAAGACCUACACACGGAACAGCAGCUCUGAAGAUAUGGUAUUUGAAGGAAACCUGGACUACUGGUACCAGUCGCGCAAUAAUUUCCUCCCCCCUAUAGUGGCACGCUUCAUCCGCAUUGUUCCUCAGACGUGGCACCAGAGGAUAGCCAUGAAGAUCCAGUUGCUUGGGUGCCAGUACAUACGAGCAAACAAUUCAACUGAGCUGAAACCAGAUCAUGUAAAGCCGAAUUCAAAGUCUGUAGGGGAGGAUGAAAUCACAGAACCAGUUGCCUCACAACCUGACCUCGUGAAACUGGCCGUAAUUAUUGUCCCGACUCUUGCGAUAUUGGUUUUACUGGUUGUUGGAAUUUAUGUUUGCAAGAUGGUGCAGAAAAAGAAGACAACAGAAAACACAUACGGUUCAUCUGAUGCUCAGAAAUCAGGUUGCUGGAAACAGAUAAAACAGCCAUUUGCAAGGCACCAGUCUACAGAGUUCACCUUCAGCUACAGCUCUGAGAAAGACCCAAUGCAGAAAUUGGACCUGGUCACCAGUAGCAUGGCGGAUUACCACCAGCCCCUUAUGAUUGGAACAGGGACAGUGACAAGGAAAGGCUCUACAUUCAAGCCUAUCGACACAGAUGCCAAGGAGGAGUUACAAGAAGCUGGGACACACUAUGACUACCUGCACACAGCCAAUCCGUAUGCACUGCCCCUGACAAAUCAGGAACCGGAAUACGCCACUCCUAUAAUAGAAAGACACAACUUAAGGAAGGAAGGCUUCACACAAGAAGUGGGCUACAAUGUGCCAGCUUUGAAUAAGAAUCAUUCCUUCAAGACAAAUGAUUGCAGUACUUACAGGAAAGAAGACAGCUUAGCUGGAGACUACCAGACACCACAGAUCAGAGCAGAAAGACUGCAAAAUGGAAAAGGACUGUAUGACAAACCGAAACAGAAUGUUGCUGGAACAGACUAUCAGAGACCACAAGUAACGUCCUCCAUGACUGAAAACUACUCAAUACCAAGAGACUGCUUGAAACUGGCAAGAGCCCUACCACCGUGAGCUGACCCUGGACAAUGUCACCUGGCUGGUCUCCUGCGUUAUUUAUUUGUUGAACUGUAAACUAAAUCUUUAUAAAAACAUUUAUAAAAACUCCUCAAAUAAUUUAUUGACUCCUUCUGAAAUUAAAAUGAAAAUGCAUUUGAAUCGGUCUGUUUGCUGUCUGAAAUGUGAUUCAGCUUUGGGGCAAAAAUAGUUUCUAAGGUGUCUGCACUGGAAGCAUGAUUUUCUUUCUGCAUCUCAUAAGCUGUACUGUAUACUUCAUUCUUGUUUGCUCUUUGCAUAAUCUUGACAUUAGCUCAGUAGUUACCAUAUAUCUUUGAUUGAUAAUGUGAAGACAUUUUGAAGUGCGCAGGGCAUAAUGGAGUUAUGUUAUGUAUGGAGUUACAGUUUCUUAAUCAUUAUAUGAUUAAGAUCUCUGUUCUUUUAAAUUGUCUUUUGAGCACAACACUGGACAGACAUAAUUGGCCAGUUUUGACUUUGAAAACUUAUGUAAAUGUAAGACUUUUAAAACUUAAAAAACAACUUUCUUGUCUAUUUUAAAAUAAGGAUUUAUGUUUUUAUGCCAACCAACUAACAGAGAGCGAAUUGUUGCAGAAGGGUGUGUGGAUUCUCUGGAAAAAAACAACAUCAUGAUGCAGUUAUAUAAAAGUAAAAGGGUUCCCAUGUUUUCUGUUCUGCUUGUUUAGGUAUGCCUGCUUCGGUAAUAAUAUUAACUAGCUGAGGAGAAGACGGUUCUUAUGAACAGUUCCACAUUGUAAAUGAGGAUUUGUUCUUAGCUAUAAUGAGUGUUUGGGAGGCUUAUCAAAAAUUUGGCAGUGUCAGAAAAUGAGGUCUUUAUCAGGUUUCCGUGCAUUGGCUGCAAAGCAGCUUCUACCAAAUAUUGUUUAACAAAAUCUGUAGUUGUGGCAUAACAGAUGGUCUAAAAGAUGCCUCCUAAAUAGAGGCAGUGCUACCUCAGAGCUGGAGUCUAAAGAUUGGGAAGGCACCAGUAUCAUUAAAUUUACAGUAAAAGUGCCAGAUAACUAGACUACCUAAUUGGCACAAAAAUAUUAAUAUUGGUUCAAACGAACCUACUGCAGAAGUACAGAAAUCUUGAUGUUUCCUUUUUAAGGAGAGUUAUAGAAAAAUAAAGAUUGAAAUGGUACUCUUUAAACAAAUUGAAAGUUCCAUUUUUAAUGUUUUAAAAUUGUUUGUAUAUAUAGUAACAUAAUUGUGCAUUGUCCUAAGCUAUUGUCAUGUGAAACACAAGUUAUUUUUGGUGCUUCUGUGCUUAAGUGACAAGCUUCAUGAAUGGACUAAUUACAUAUAUAAUUUCUGUGAAAUACUUUCGGGGAGUGGGGGACUGUAUGUAUCUGUAUUGCCUGCAGAAACAAAUCAGAUGCAGUUUUCAUUCAUGUCUGUAAGCUGUAAAGUACACAGGCUUUAAAUAAACCGAUGCAAGUAAAGUCUGUGCUUGCAAUUUUGGAAUUGUAAA